AUGGAGUCGGCCAUUAAUGCGCUGGUGUCUGGGUUCAAGGCCUAUGCUGGCAGGGAUGGUUCCUCUGACACGCUGAGCAGAGAUGAGUUUUACAGACUGGUGUCAUCAGAGCUCCCUAACUUCGUCAAGAAAGCUGAUGACCCUGCUGCCAUUGACCAACUUAUGAUCUCAUUGGACAAGAACAAUGAUGGAGAGCUCAACUUCUUGGAAUUCUGGCAGCUGAUUGGGCAACUUGCGAGCAAGCAUGGGAGGUUUAGCCAAUAG